AUGCGCUAUGGACUUGGCGAGUCGCUCUGUGAUGCUGCCAUGGUGCUCGGCAACAACAAGACCGAACUGUCCGCAUUCCUGUCUGGUUGGCGUGACAGGCUGCGGUCCAUCCUUAGCACUGAUCCCGACAAUCACCUUGGCCACCAUCACAUCGCACUGUCAAACUCAGUCCCUGACUUGUUCCCUGAUGUCGCUGUGCUCCGAGCAUACCUCAGCCCCUCAACAUCAGCAAAUAUCCCGCACCUCCCAGCUCAUCCCCUGCCUGUUGACCUGGCAAAGCUCAGCACCUUCUGCGAGCUGCACUUUGGCUGGAGAACAAAGUCGGGGAUCAUCAAGCAUGUCCGCGAGUGGCUGUGGCCUGGUAUGGCCCUCAAACUCCUUGUCGCUGAAGCAGUCGCCUAUGACCGGCGACACCAGAAACAGGGUGCACACUCCACUCUCGCAGCACCACCGUUGGAGGUCUGGCUGCAACCUGAUCACUCCACGGACCAGGAUAAUGUCCGUGUGAUAGCAAUCGACUGCAGUUCUGCUGACAUUGCCAUCUCCAACCUCUUUGGUGUACGACUGUCUCCUCACCCGUCGGGCACGCAACAACUGAACUACAGUGCGAGGCCUCUGAAGCUCUGGGUUCCUUCGACAAUAGUUCAUCAUGCGCGUGCCUGUUCCUGUGGCGUAGACCCAUCAACAUUCUCUGAUGUCAUCAACCUGACCACCAGUGAUGAUGAUGAUGAUGAUGUGGAGCAGCAGGAAGUCAUCUCUCUGAUAAUGGAUGACCCAGUUGUUAUUGAUCUCACCAUUGAUGAUAAUUGA